GAUCGUAGAAAGUUCAGAGAAAUUUCUCUCUUCUAAAAGUCUGAUAGUCUAGAACCUAAAAAACCUUUCAUAUUUGUACGAGAACAACAAUUGUCUUCCAUAAAAUCUAAAGUUUGCUUUCAUUCAUCUUGAUCAUUAUUGGACCUUACCAGAAAUUGAAAUUAAUCCUAAUACCUGUAUUAAGACCCUUCUGCCUUUUCCGUAGAUUAAGACCAUAUCUGUGUAUUCUGUGAGUAGAAUGUGUUUCUCACAGGUUGUCAAGUCCCUUUUUCUGGUGUUCCUCUUGGGUGGAACUCUUACUCGAGUACGGUGCCUUAGUUUUAAUUAUACGUUGUUCGACACAAUCUACCCUGAAAGUGGUUCUGGUCAACUGAUUAUGUCGAAUUAUUCACAUAUUGAGUUCGGUGCUAUUCAAGUUACACCAGAUGUUACGGGAGCUAUUCCAAAUUAUUCUGGGCGUGUCUUUUACAACAAUACAUUCAGAUUAUGGGACAAGACCAAAGGUGUGACAGCAAAUUUCAGUACCACCUUUGUACUUAAUAUCAGUCCAAAGACAUCUCCAGGAGGCGAAGGCUUGAGCUUCAUAUUAGCUGCAGAUACCACACCUCCACAGAACAGCGACGGACAAUGGCUUGGGAUUGUAAACGCAAGCACGAAUGGAUCCUCUCAAGCUAAUGUGGUGGCAGUUGAAUUUGACACGAGAAAGAGCUACCAAGAAGAUUUGGAUGAUAACCAUGUUGGCUUGGAUGUAAAUACCAUCUACUCAGAACCGCAAGUCCCUUUAACCAACCUUGGUAUCAAUCUUUCUUCUUCUUCCAAUAUAACGGCAACGGUUCAGUAUGAUGGCAAAAAUAUGACUCUGCGUGUUUCUUCCAAGGAUGUAUUUUCUUGGCCGCUUAAUCUCUCUGAACAUCUUCCAGAGGAGGUUUAUGUGGGAUUCUCAGCUUCAACAGGAAAUGACACUGAACUCAACUGCAUAUGGUCAUGGGAAUUCAAUGGUUCGGAUAUUGGUGAUAGUGGUUUUGGUGGUGGUGGUGAUAAUGAUUUAAAGUUGUUGUGGUUAUGGAUCACGGCUCCCGCUGCAGUAGUGCUUGUGCUAAGUGGGAUUGUCUUUUGCUUGUAUUGGCGGAGGAAACAGGCUCUAUAUGCAGAGGAUCCAUAUCCAGGGCUAGAAGACCAGAUCAGAGGGUCCUCUACAGCUCCACAGAAAUUCCUACUAAAAGAGCUGAGAAAAGCAACAGGCAACUUCAAUCCCAAAAACAAGCUUGGAAAAGGCGGCUUUGGAACAGUCUACAAGGGACUCUUGGCAAAUAAGGAGGUAGCUGUCAAGAGAAUCUCAAAGAAUUCUAGUCAAGGCAAGCAAGAAUUUAUAGCAGAAGUCACAACAAUUGGCAGCCUCUAUCACAAGAAUCUUGUGAGAUUGAUCGGAUGGUGCUAUGAAAGGUGUGAGCUCCUUCUAGUUUAUGAGUUCAUGCCGAACGGUAGCCUUGACAAGUUUAUAUUUGGCAAUGAGAAACUAGGCAUGGAGGAACCAACACUCACCUGGGAGAAAAGGCACAUCAUAAUUCAUGGGGUAGCUGAGGCACUGGAUUAUCUUCAUAAUGGAUGUGAAAACAGGGUGCUUCAUCGAGACAUAAAAGCCAGCAAUAUAAUGUUAGACUCAGAGUACAAUGCAAAGCUCGGAGAUUUCGGACUAGCUCGUACCAUUCAACAGAGGGGAAAAACUCACCAUUCAACAAUAGAGAUGGCAGGAACACCAGGAUAUAUGGCUCCAGAAACUUUUCAUAUUAGUAGGGCAACUGUUGAAACAGAUGUCUAUUCAUUUGGUGUUCUUGUACUAGAAGUUCUCUGUGGAAGGAAGCCUGGAAAUCAGAUUGAAGAGAACAACUACAACAGCAGCAUUGUGUAUUGGCUAUGGGAACUUCACAGGAAUGGAAGGAUCCUUGAUGCUGUUGAUUCACGACUGAACAUGGAAUUUGAUGAGGAAAGAAUGUCGUGCAUGCUUGUUUUGGCAUUGCUCUGUUGUCAUCCAAAUCCACACCAAAGACCCUCCAUGAAAACAGUUUUACAGGUACUUACAGGAGAAGCACCUCCACCACUUGUGCCCACUGAAAUACCAGCUUUCGUGUGGCCAGCCAAGCCUCCUUCAUUCAAAGGGGACUCCGGAAACUCUCUCUCUGAAAGCAAACGUUCUUCUUUCACAGAACUCACCGGAAGAUGAAUCAUGCCAGAAGCUAGAUUAAGAAUAAUGUCCACUUGGAGUAUCUGUUGUUUUUAUUUGCAGAUGUUUGACCUGUCUAUACAGCAUUAGUUUCAAUGGUAAUUAAGAAGAUUGUGAUUGCAUCAAAAUAGUACAGACACUUUUUUUCGGCCCUGUACAUGUAUAUAGGUCGCAAGUUUCAUGUUAAUUAGGAUGUCAGGAAGCUUGUAGUAUAAUGGCACUGUCAAGUUUUCUUAUUGGGGAAAAUUUAGAUUUGAAUCUAUCUCAUCAUUGUAAGAAAAUAAAGAAAAUGUAAUUUAAUGUACUCGCAGUGAGCAUUGUAGACCUCUCGGAAACUGAACAUGUAUAUCAAAAGUGUCUUACUUUCUUGUUCGUGUA